GAGAACUAAACACGUGUUCCUCUCCAGCUGCAUGCCGACAACUCACCACCACCAUCAUCUACCAGUAGUAGCAGAACAGAAACCCUUUUGUCUUCGUCCUCUUCACUCGCCGCUUCAAUUAUUCUCAUUAUCAUCAUAUAUGAUAUACCCACCCAUCCCAUCAGUUAACUCUUAUCUAUCUUCCUCUUCUCUAUCAUCAGCUAUAGCUUCAUUAGUUGUAUGUCGAUGAUGAUGGAUAGCAUCAACUCCGUCCUCAAUUGGGUUGUACCACCGGCGAGUCUGGUGAUGCUAGCUCUUUCAUGGCCCACGCUUACUUUCAUCAACACAUGUGAAAAGAUUUACUAUUCCUUCUUUGUUGAAGAUAUCGCCAACAAAGUUGUUGUCGUCACCGGCGCUUCUUCUGGAAUCGGCGAGCAAAUUGCGUACGAAUAUGCGAAGAGAGGAGCAAAUCUUGUGUUGGUGGCUCGGAGAGAUCAAAGAUUGCGUGGGAUCAGUGAGAAUGCUAGACGAUUGGGUGCACCAAAUGUGUUGAGAAUGGCGGCGGAUGUUGUCAAAGAAGAAGAUUGUAGGAGAUUCAUCAACGAGACGAUAAGUACUUUUGGAAGAGUCGACCAUCUAGUAAACACGACAAGCUUAGGACAUACCUUCUAUUUUGAGGAAGCAAAUGACGCAUCCGUGUUCCCUAUGUUAAUGGAUAUCAAUUUUUGGGGGAACGUAUAUCCUACCUAUGUGGCGCUACCGUACCUAAGACAGAGUCACGGCCGGAUCGUAGUUAAUGCUGCAGUCGAGAACUGGUUACCUCUCCCUAGGAUGAGCUUAUAUUCCGCAGCCAAAGCCGCUCUAGUGAACUUCUAUGAGACGUUGAGGUAUGAAUUGAACGGAGAAGUUGGAAUCACAAUUGCUACACAUGGUUGGAUUGGAACCGAGAUGACCCAUGGGAAAUUCAUGCUAGAAGAAGGUGCAGAGAUGCAGUGGAAGGAAGAAAGAGAAGUACAAGCUUCGGGUAGUCCGGUGGAAGAGUUUGCGAAACUGAUUGUAUCAGCGGCUGUUCGAGGAAGUGCAAAUGUGAAGUUCCCAAGCUGGUACGACGUGUUUCUUUUGUACAAGGCGUUUGCACCUGACGUGCUGACGUGGACAUUCCGCUUGCUUCUAUCGCCACAAGGCAAGAGGACAACUUCUUUCAUUGGUACAGGAUCAAGACCUCUUUUAGAAGCCCCGUCCCCACCAUAUCGACAGACCGUGGUCGCACACAUCUCUCCUCGAAUCCAGCUUGUUGAGUGAAGACGGAUCAUCUACAAUCUACAUUUUCAAUUUGUUUACGUUGUUAAUAAUGUUUUAUAAAGAAUGGGCUUGAAUAAUAUUUGAUGGUUUGAGUUGUUUGAACAAAAAAUGUAGGUAUUGUUAAAAACUGGGGUGUAAACUUU